ACAGGCUAUGACUAUUCAGCGUAGCCUACAUACUUUGAUGCUGCCGCCAGUUUCAAGUGUGCUCAUCAGGAGUUCUGGUCACCUCAUUCUCUUGCAUGAGGAAAUCAUGAGAUCUAUCCACGUGGGACGCGGCAUGAAGUGACACCAUGCGUUGGGCCGGCGCCGCUCUCAUUCUGCUAGGCGUCGCGACGCUUCUGUCGACCGGUGGCGUAGCGGGCUCCAACAGCACCAGGAGGAGGAUAUCCCGACCGUGGACCCAGGAGCAGUUGGCGCUCGCCGGGGCGGUCGAGGGAGUCGAGUACGAAGAAGACGUCGAGUCCACCACUCCCGCGGUCUCCGUGUGCUCGGCCUGUAGACGCCGGGAGGAGAUCAAGAACUACAGCAUCGAGACCAUCAAGGAGCUGAUCCUGUCCAAACUGGGGAUCGACCGGCCUCCCAACACCACGGGGCGGGUCCUGCCCAAGGUGCCGCUCAAGACGUGGGAGGAGUACCGCAAGACGGGUCACGACGUGCACGGCAUGCAGGCGGAUGAGCCGGUCCUGCUCUCCACCGAAGACGAAGAUGACGACGACUACCAUGCCAAGACCGAGAAGGUGAUCGCGUUCGCUCAGCGGUCCAAUCACUCACACUCGAAGCUGCGCCACAACAAAGGGCGAGGGCAGGAUGUCCUGUACUUCAAAUUCUCCGAGAAGCUGACCCGCAACAGGGUGCAGAGUGCACUCCUGUGGAUCCAUGUGAGAGGAGUGGGGGCAGUGGGGCCUGGGCCCUCCCUCGGAGGAGCCCCCGUCACGAUUACAGUGCUGAGAGUGCUCCGGGGCCCUGAAUGGACUGAGACGCCCCUGUCAAACAUUAUCUCUACAAAGGUACUACGGCAAAAUGAUGCAAAAGGCUCCUGGGUAUCCUUGGAUGUACGAAAACUGCUGGAGUACUGGUUCCAGGCACCUAGUGAAAAUUUAGGAAUCGUAAUACAAGCGUCAGGACCUCCAGAUCCCCUAGGGCGCACCCUUAUCGUCACCGACCUCAAUGAGGCAGACGGCGAACAGGUGCCAUUCCUCGAGGUCUACGUGUCGGACGGGAGGAGACAUCGCGCAAAACGUACUCUCGGAUACGACUGUCACGACAACAGCGAGGAGACGCGGUGUUGCCGCUACCCGCUCACGGUGGACUUCGAGGCCUUCGGCUGGGACUGGAUCAUCGCCCCGAAGAAAUACGAAGCAAACUACUGCUCGGGCGAGUGUCCCUACGUGUUCCUGCAGAAGUACCCGCACACCCACGUGGCUGACAUGGCGCGCCCCCCCGGGUCCGCCGGACCCUGCUGUGCCCCCCGGAAACUGUCUGGUAUCUCCAUGCUCUACUUCGACCCCACACUGAACAUCAUCUACGGCAAGCUGCCCAGCAUGGUCGUGGACCGCUGUGGCUGCUCCUAAUACAAGCUUUAGGCCAUCGUCUCUUGUACAUACAGAAUGAUGGGGACGUCCUGACGACGAAGUUCCCCGCGGUAUCCGCAAAGUACAAAUCGUGAUAUCGUGUACUCUCACCUCUAGCGGACUGGACAGUGCUACAGAGUUGCACAGGAGGUUUCUGGUCGCAAACGGGGAACAAUUAAACUUAAGGAUCCUCCAGAAAGAAAUUAAAACGAUGCUGGUUUUUAAAUCUUUUCAUAAUUAAAAACAAAUAGGUGGUAUGCAGUGCCAAUUACACUCAAAAGUCUUCUGUUAGACUAGAAAUCUCUUGUGCACAAGGAUGUGGUAACUUCUCUCGCCAGACGCUGUUAAGUACCAUGUCCUCCAAUGUGCACCACGUCUUUGGAAUCCCGUACAACUGCUUAGCUAGAUACAAAUAAAGUAUUUUUAAUGAGAGGUGAAACAGAAAGAAAAGAUGACGAGUACAAUAAAUUUCUACUUGCAAAACGUGAUUUUGUUAGAGAUUAUUAUUUUUAAGUAUUUUAGUGAUUAGUAUAAAACAUUGUGAUUGUGAUGGUAAAUUUAUGCCUUAUUACAAGCCCGGAGGGAUUAUGCCUUACGCAGGGACUGAAGAUGGUAACUUUUAUAGACUUUUUUAUUUACUUGAAAAACACUUUGGAACUCCGCUUGAUCGUUUACCAGUGACUAAAUAUGUAACUAAAGUCUUAGAUUUCCUCUGAGUUAUUAUUACAAGCUAUUGUUGGUUUUAAUGAUUAGUUAUAGUCAUUUCUGCGACUAAAAUAUUCACUAAACAAUUAUUUAUUUUAAGUUGUGUAAGAUAUAUUUAUCUUACCAUGCCAGAAGGUAGCAAAAUAUUUAUAGAAACAUCGCUGAUUGUUGCCUUAUUUUAUGUAAACAUUUUAUGUCUUGGUAUAAUCAAUGUUCACGUUUUCAAUUUUAUGCUGAUAUUUUACGUUUCCACCUGACAGUAUUAGUUAAAAAAACAACCUAACGAAUAGUUCUUUUAUGAUAAAAUUAAUUAAUUUCUUAAUAGUAUGGGAAUGUAAAUAAAAUCAAAAUGCUUCAUUCCAAAGUUUUAUUCUUUAAAAAAUGUUUACGAAUCUAUUAAUCAUUGAAUUAUCUAAAAUUUCCAAACUCUUAUUCUGUACUAACUAAUUCAUUAUUUUAUAAGCACUGCAUUUUUAAACAGUAAAUUAUAUUGCAGAAGUAUCUGACUGUGAUUUUGCUGGUAAACGAUUAAUGUGAGAAUUUACAAGAAGUGGUGCUCGCGGCAGGCCUAGACCUGCCAGGGUACUCUCGGAUAUGCCCUAUAUUAGUAUUAGUAUUAGCUGUGUAUUAUAGCUUUCUUAGAGGCUGGAGACGAUUAACUGACUUGAUUUAUAAUUCAUUCUGGCCAUUACUGUAAUCCAUUCAUUGUACAGUCAAUUUUUCAGGCAGUCAAAAUGCGCAUGAAGCAAUUCAAUAUUCGAAAGAAACAUUCAAAUAAAAGUUUAUCGAGGCCCUUAUAAAACUGGUGGUAAAAUCAGUUGAUACUACUUUUCUUGAUGACAUAGCUGAAAGUUAGUUGAGUUUGUACCUAGCCUCAAAGUGAUAAUGCAAGUGAUGUUUAUAUUAACUUAGGCUAACUGUAGAGUAGGCAUUUACACGUAUGUGAUGUUCAGGUAAGAUGUGAGAUAGGCUAAGAAUGUUAAAGUACCUUUGGCUGUUGUUCAACGGAAAGACUGUACACCGAUCUCUUGGGUGGGCGUGAUGCGACUUGUGCCCCACUGCCUCUAGGCUCAACAGUGCGCAAAUCUAGAUACAACACUUCUGUACCGAGCGGUAUCCUGUGAAUUAGAAAAGGGCCUUAGUAUUCUCUAGAGCAGCCCGCAAGAAAGUAGUCCGACGGUGGUUGUUGCGUCAGAAUCCCCCCUCUACACCCCGCGUCCAACACUGUUGCCAGAUUUACACGUCUGGAAAAUUAAUGAUCCGUUUCAACAUCUGUUGCAACAAACAAACACCAUUAUCUGUUAAAGUAAACAAAUAUAAGUGUAUUUGGUUUUAUUUAUAUGCUUUGUUGACAAUUUAUCACUAUAGCCAUGCCACAGUGGAAACAUCUGUUCACAGUGAUACGGCAACACCACCUGAAAGUAAUUGGACUACUUUCGUGCGGGUUACAAUAGUAGUCAUUCAUCCUGAGUCGUAUACUCAAUUUGUAAAUCUGGUUAGACCUAGAAUACGACAGUUCUAAAAUAGUCUUACUCCUAAGUUGCAAUUAUUGAUGUGUAUUAUUGCGUGUGCAAUCAUAAAUUAAUUAAUUUGCUCCUAAUUGAGCCGUAAAUGAAAAUCAAAUUGUUAUCUAUGAAUUAUGUAUUGCGUAUAAAUAAUGUGAUUUGAAAAAUUGCAUCUAGGUUAAGAGGUCAGUAUAAUUGUAAUUAUAAUUAUUAUGUGGAGUGCUUAAUUUAUUAAAAUACACAGUGUUGUGUCUUACAACUUGAAUUUAUAGGCUGUAACUUACGUUUUUAUUUAUGGCAACAUAGGGUUUUCCUCUUUUUCAAUACAGUUUAUAUACAUGUUAUUCGAUCAAGGAUACUAAAUUAAAAUGAUUACUUAUACGUUUUUCUUGGAAUCAUCUAAGUUUGCUAUAAUUAGUGUUGAAACUAGUUUGAAUGUCGAAAUACUCGUCCCUCUUUGGGCCUUGGCUUGAGCCUCUGUAUAAGGACUAUUGAUAACAUUUGAUACAAUGUGUUCUGGCACAUGAAAGCAUGUUUUUCCUCAUAAAUGGAAACUGCAUCACUCUGUUGAUACAGACCAGGCCAAAACUAAGCUUGUAUAUUGUUUCCCAGCACAGCAAUCAAAUCAACGCAAAACAUUGGUGACAUUUUUUUCUGGUACAAUGCGGAUUUAAAACGGAAAAAAGUUUGUAAAUACAGAAAAUUACAUAUGAACUGUCCGUAACAUGUUUUAAACUUUAAUGAUUUACGAGUACCUGAAUUUCUAUUCUAUGUUUGAAAGUGAAAAUUGGGAACUUUUGUAAGAGAGUACAUUUCAACAAAUAAAUGACUGUUUUUCCGUGUUUUGGCAGAUUCAGUUGCUGUAGAGCAAGUAGACUAGGACAGUUAACCAUUCUACUACUCCCCAGGGUCAUUGUUCGAGAGGUCUACCUUUCUAUAAGAAUGCUUCAGUGCGUGCGUGUGCGUGUGAGUGUAUGUGAGUGUUUUUGUAUGAGUGCACAAUACGACAAUGUUGACAACUUACUCUUCAUUUAUCACAUUAUAUGUUUCAAUUUGUCGAUAUAUGGAUGUAUAUUUUUGGAGAGUUUGACACAAUUUUUUUUACUAAUUUGUAUUGACGUUGCUAUGACAUAAAAUGAGCGGUAGCUUUGUACUCAAGUACGCGGUAAUGGCCAUUUCAAAAAAUAGACUACAAUUACCUGAAAUUAUGAAUUUAAUUAGGGAGUUUCGCCAUAAAACAUGGUAGGCAAAACCUUAAACUGUCAAUUAAAGUUAUUUUUAUUAGAGUGUGCCAUGAACUGUAGCAUAAAGCGUAGUUUAUUUAAGGUCACAACUUUGAUAGGAAUAGACCUAUAAUCCAAUAACAAUAAUGUACACAAUUCUGCUAAAGGUUAUCAACACUGGUCGUUAACUAAUAAACGUUAAAUUUAAUAACGAGUACGUUUUUCUACAGUGUUAUAUAAGUUUUAUUGAUGAACAAGUGAAAUGAAUUGCAUACUACAGUGCAUUGAACAUAAUAGCCUUUAUGCAUAGCCGAUAACGAACGUAUUAUGGCGACAUGAAUGACGGUGCCGAUGCUGAUGUACUCUGAUUCAACAGCUCGUUAGGUGCAGCCAACCGUUUCAGUCCAAUGAAUGAAAUUCUCCCUAUGUAGUGGCAAUAAUUGCUGCCAUUUUCUAAAGCUGCAUCCCAAACGAUCAAUCCAUUUCGGGUUACUGUAGGUUAUGGACGGGACUGCAUACAAAUCAACUGAGUCUUGUCGUGACUUUGUUCGUUCUAACAAGGAUGAUGAUUGGAAACCUAUUUAAAUUUAAGAACCAAUGCGUAUUACCUUUAAUCAUAUUAAUUUCACAGGAGAUAGAUCAGGAGAUAGGACGAGGUUUGCUGAAAUUCGAGGGAUAUUUUACGUUACUUAUGAGGUCCGAUGCUAGAGCUGCGCCACGUGUAACUUUGAUUGUUACCGAUAAAAUAUUUACAAUCUCAGCCACUCACUCUGCAGCUGCCAGUUCGGACGCUGACUAUGUAUCACCUCAAUUAAUUUUUAGAGAUAAUCUUUGAUGAUUUAUCUUGUGUAAUUAAUACGUCAAAAUGUAUUACCUAGCCUACGCCUACACGGUAUACGACCAUUAUUUAUUUAUCAUUGAACUCAUACCCACAAAAAAAGUUGUGUUCUACAGUUAAUAUCUAUGGUGAAGGCAGAUAUUUUUUUAAAUGUUAGAGGUCACAGAAUUUUGUACUUACACUAUAAAUUAGAUAAACUGGUUCAAAAUGUAUGUUUGAAAAUGUUCUAAAGAUAAUACAUAUUAAGGAAAAUAACUUUAAAAAUGUAUAUAAGUUUCCUUUGAAUUUUUUUUUACCUCAUUUUUGGUGUAAGUGUAAACUCCCUUUAAGUUCAUUUAUACAUCAGAAACCCUAUAGAAUGUUACACCUAACUGAUAUGAGCCUAUCAUUUCAUAUUAAACCAUCUAUAAGUUUUAUGAACCUUUAAUCUUGAUAGGCGAUGACGAACUUUUUUAUCAAGGCGAAUAAACCUUAACUAUCGGUCCGAUCUUAAAUAUGCUGACAGAAAAUCUAACUGGUCACAGGAACUUAUGUACUCAUUAUAAUUAAUGUUGGAAAACAUAUGAUCUCCUUAUUACAAAUAAAUUGUUCUUAAUUUUUGGUGUUGCACAGUUCGUUAAAGAAUGUAACAGAAUUCAAAAAUUAUUUCUCCAGCAGACAUUCUUGUUACAACUGUAUUUAUAACCAAAGAAUGGCAACGCUUUUUUUGUUAUUAUGAAAUAUUCGUUUCGUUUAAAAUAUGUAUAUUGUUUAAGAUUUAAUCGUACAUAAAUCCUUUUUUUCUUAUAUUUAACUCGAAUCAAUAGUCUAUAAAUUAAUUAAAAAUUCAUUAAUGAUGCCAAUUACUAAAUUAUUUUGGUAUAAUUCUUAAUUCGUGUCUGCUAAAGAUAAAUAUAUCAAGAAGUCAGUAUUUAAAUUUGAUUGUCUGUACAGUAUAAACUUACGAUAUGAUCAUAGGAGUGCAUUAGGUUGGAGUUCAUGUUAUAGUUUUAGUUUUGAAGUAAGUAAUUCUAUCCAAAAAUUAUUUAUAUUUUUUACAGCAAUAAAUUUAUUCAAAUUAAUAAAAGGCUGACGCGUUGGUAGCUUGUAAAGAUUGUUUUUAUGUCAUAGUUUAACAACAAAAAUGUGAUUUAGGUAGUUCAUUAACUAUGUUUUAGAAUUUAAAUAAUUGUUUUACUUGUAAGUUUAUCUACAUUUUAAAUUAAUUUUACAUGUUUUCAAAAAAAUGUUUGAUUAAAACAAGUGUAGUUUUGUGGUU